AUGCUUCGUAACAGCAUUGCGCACGUCGAAAGGACGCAGCCACUCGGCCGGGUGAUGGCGAAAGCACCCCGUGCCGCAAAACGAGUAGGACAUCGAGGCUAUGCUUCGGAAAGUGAAGGCAAGUCCUUCAAGGGCCAGUUGUACGACAGUACUGCACAGAGGUUACAAAGAGAACGUGCGGAUCAACUUCGGUUUGCUGAGAUUCGAGCUGCUCAGAAGGGCUCUGGAGGAUCGCCUGUAUGGAUGGUGCCAUUGGUCUUACUGACCGGUGCUCUGGGUGGUUAUAUCGCUGGUCAACAAGCCCCUGCCGACCCUGCCCCGAACUCGACACUACCGCUCGCAGCCGUCCAACCUCCGAAGCAUAACAUCGCUCCAACCAAUCUUGAAGCCGCAUGGACCGACUUCCGUGACAUCGUAGGCCAAGACAACAUCUCGACCGAGGCCUCAGACCUCUCCUCACACUCUGGUUCGGAAUGGAGCUCAUACCCCUCUCAUCCCGGCGACCAACCCUUCUGCGUUGUCAGGCCUGCCUCUACCGAGCAAGUGAGCGAGAUUAUGAAGAUCUGCCAUCGUCGACGCAUUCCUGUCACACCGUACUCUGGAGGAACUAGCUUAGAAGGCCAUUUCGCGUCAACAAGAGGCGGUGUAUGCAUUGAUUUCAGCCGCAUGGACAAGAUAUUGAAGUUGAACAAGGACGACCUCGACAUAAUCGUACAGCCCGCCGUCGGGUGGGAGAAUCUGAACGAGGAACUCGCAGACCACAACCUCUUUUUCCCUCCGGAUCCGGGUCCGGGUGCCAUGAUUGGUGGCAUGGUGGGUACUGGAUGCAGCGGUACAAACGCCUACCGCUAUGGAACUAUGAAGGAUUGGGUCUUGAGCCUUACCGUAGUCCUCGCAGAUGGAACCAUUGUCAAGACCAAACAACGUCCUAGAAAGUCAUCCGCUGGCUAUGAUUUGACACGCAUGUUCAUUGGAAGUGAAGGUACACUAGGCUUGGUCACAGAGGCUACGCUAAAGGUCACUGUCAAGCCCCAGAACACAAGUGUUGCAGUGUGUACCUUUGCUUCGGUCAGAGAAGCAGCCAAUGCCGUGUUCAAGGUAGUAGGAGAAGGUGUACCUAUUGCAGCGAUUGAGCUGUUGGACGAUGUUCAGAUGCGAUGCAUCAACGAUGCUGGACAGACCUCACGAUCAUGGAAGGAAACCCCAACCCUCUUCUUCAAGUUCAGUGGGACCCCAACUAGCGUCAAGGAGCACAUCGCGAUUGUGCAGAAACUCACCAAGUCCUCGGGCAGCAAGAGCUUCGAGUUUGCCAAGAACCAGGAUGAGGCUCUUGAGCUCUGGAGUGCCAGAAAGGAAGCUCUCUGGAGCGUCAUGGCCAAGAAGCAGAACGAUGGUGACCAUGUCUGGACUACGGACGUAGCAGUGCCCAUCUCGCGCUUGCCUGAUAUUGUCGAGGAGACCAAGGAAGCCAUAUCAAAGAGCGGCCUGACUGGAGCUAUUGUUGGACAUGUCGGUGACGGAAAUUUUCAUGCCAUCAUUCUCUAUAACGACAAGGAACAUAGCCUUGCAGAAGACCUUGUUCAUCGCAUGGUAAAACGUGCCAUCGAAAUGGAAGGUACAGCCACUGGCGAGCACGGGGUCGGCAUGGUCAAGAGGGACUAUCUCGAGCAUGAGGUUGGUCGCACUACGGUCGAUCUGAUGAGAAAGAUGAAGCUUGCUCUCGACCCUCUGUGUUUACUCAACUGUGACAAGGUCGUUCGCGUACAACAGCCCAAAGCUGGCGAAGUGCAAGAAUGGUAG